CUCCACCACCCAUAUAUAAGUAGACACCAACGUCCGUCUACCAUCAUUCACUCCACAUCCUCCACAAGCUCGUCAUCUCCCCUCAUUCACCGGAAACAUGUGGACCAAGGCGAUCUUUACAUUAGUGGUGGUGGGCGUGGCUCUUGCUGCCCCCUCCGACCGCUACGCCGCACCCAACCACCAGCCCACCUACGAGGAGCUCAUGCCGUACCAGUUUGAGUACGGUGUGAAGGACGAGUACUCCGGCACCGACUUCGGCCAGAACGAAGUAUCUGACGGCAAGGCUGUAACAGGCUCCUACACCGUCCAACUCCCCGACGGUCGCAAACAGACGGUGACCUACGUGGCGGACCACUACGGCGGCUACCGGGCUGAGGUUGAGUACUACGGUGAGGCUCAGUACCCCCACGAGUACGGUCCCCCCGUCACCUUCAAGCCCCAGUCUUACGGCCAUCCCCAGCCCUCAUACACACCCCAGCCCUCAUACACACCCCAGCCUUCAUACACACCCCAGCCUUCAUACAAACCCCAGCCAACACCCUCAUACCGCCCCACACCCUCAUACCGCCCCACACCCUCAUACCACCCUACACCAUCUUAUCACACCACACCAUCUUAUCACACCACACCCUCAUACCACUAAACCUUGUCCCGCCGCCUGACAUGUCCAGUCUCCAUUAAAUUAUUUAUCUAGCGUGUAAAUAAAACUGCAGCAUCAA